AUCUGCUCGCCAGCCGCAGGUUUCUACGAGAGGGCAUAGAGUUACUGAUUGCUUCUCUGGAUAAGUGGAAGGACGAGCAGAAAGCUGUGCAAAGCGAAACUCAAGAUGAUCACGGUGAAAGCCGUGAAACGUCUAGAAUGUCGAGCGGUGACAAAUCAGCAGAUGUCUUGAACAAAGCUUUCGAACUUUCUCACGUCAUGGGGAAGCUAAAGAUCGUGUCAAACGAGUCUGAAACUGCGAACAAACGAUUCAAAGAUGCCCGUAAGAAAGCAACCGAGGCUUAUUCUAACGAAGCAUUGGAUAUUCAAGACCGAAUCUUCGCAGCGAAACUCCGUGUCGUGUCGGAGAUACUGAAAUGUCUCGACAAGCCUAACACAGCUGUUACUACGUGCCUGUCGUUUUUAAAACAGCUUCAUGAUUUACCCACCGUUCGCGAGAUAUUCUCGGUGUAUCUCGAUCGUGGAGUUAAGGGCAUCUUCAGUAAGACUGAACGAGUUGAGAACAUAAAAUCAGUCACGAUGAUCAACUACGUUUUAUAUCAAUUUGUUUCGAAAUUCAGCAGCAAGUAUACAGCAUUCGCCUGGCCAACAAUUCAACUCUCUGGUCGCAAAUUUAACCCAAUAACGGAUUGGCGGGAAGUUUCGAAAAGAACGUCUUGGGGCAAAGAAUUGAUCCAACCUCCCAACGAAACGAAACUCGAUAGAAAGAUCGAUCCGUACAAUUCUGCUGUAAACAGUCGGGGUGAGAUAGUCGUAGCGCAUCGUAAUGACAUUGCAGUCAUCUCCAGAACAGGCGAAAGAAAAGUUGUCCAUCAAUUUUCUGUUUCGAGCAGAGAGGAUAAAGAAGAGGAGGUUAUCGAACAACGAAUUGUAGGUCUCGCUGUUGAUCAAGAAAAUAAUGUGUAUGUUGUACUAUAUUGUGAAACAACUUCACAAAAUGGCAAUGUGGAUAGUCGUGCAGUAUUAUAUAUACUGGAUGAGCAUUGCAAUUGUGUAACAUACAAAAGCGAAUUAAAUUUUCUUCCAACACACGAGAUAUCUCUGAGAUUAGCUAUAAACAAGAACAAUAACAUUGUAAUGACACCAAUCAUUUCCGACGACCAUGACCACGCUGUCUACGUCUGUGACCACACUGGGCAGUUAAAAUACAAGUUUGAACACAAAAUUUCUAAUCUAGGCAACAUGAAUGUUUCAGACAAUAAUGAAAUCAUGUUGGCAUCACAAAAUGUUGUUGAAAUAUAUACAGAAGAGGGAAAUCGAAAGUUGAAAAUAGAACUACCACCAGAUCACUUGGUCCGCGGAAUGGCAUUUCACUUUGUCGAUCGUAUGAUACUAAAUUGUCAAAUCCAAAGUCAGCGGCAAAAAUUCCUUUUCCCUCCAUUAUUACUGUAA